GAGAUAUUUGUACAGUGAGCGUUAUCGGAGCAUUUCGCAGCGACGCCGCUUUUCCUCCUUAUCUUCCGCUUCUUCGCAGAUUCCGGCGGAGGAAUCCACAGCGCCGCCGCUCUGCGAUUGCAUCAUCAUCAUCUUCGUCUUGCCUAUGGUGGGAGAAGGGAAGAAAAAAUGAGUUUUUUCUCGAUCCUCUUGUCUUAAAAAUGCUUGUUUUAAGCCAUCAUUGUCAUCAGCCACCCCUCUCCUCCUUCCGAGCUCUCAAACCCCAUCGAUGCUCCUCUUUUCUGCCUAAGCUUCACUUUUUCUCCCGUCUCCAACGGUUCUCUGUGGAACUCCAGAUUGCCCAUGGAUGUUUUCCCCUCCCUCGAUCCUCAAAUCUUCUUUUCCAGUUCCACCCUAGGGUUUCAAUUGGUGAAGCCGGGAAGUGCGCCGAUCGAGAAUUGGGAGAUGAGAACAGUGAUUUGGCGGAUUUGGAGGACCUGGGCGAUGACAGCAAAGUGUUCAAGAAGACACUGCAGUUGGUUGAGUGCGCGAUGUUCGCUUCUGUUGCCGGCCUCGCCUACUUCUUGAGCAACUCCCUCGCUGUUGAGAAUUACUUCAGUUGCUUCUUUUCCUUGCCGAUAGUGAUUUCUUCAAUCAGAUGGGGGAUUGCAGCUGGUAGGAAGACCAUGGUAGCUACUGUCAUGCUAUUGUUCACGUUAUCUGGUCCAGUAAAGGCAUCUACAUACCUUCUUUUGCAUGGUCUAGUUGGUCUUGCCAUGGGUACAUUAUGGAGACUCCGUUUUAAUUGGUCUACCUCGAUUUUACUCUGCACUCUUAUUCGUGCCAUGGGAGCUGUUGGAUAUGUCUUGUUGUCGUCAUUCUUAAUCAGAGAAAACAUACUCGCCUUGAUUACAAUCAACAUUCAUGCCUCGCUAACAUUCAUAUUUACCGCGAUGGGAAUAAAUAUAAUCCCAUCGAUGAAUGCCAUUUAUUUGAUAUUCGGUAGCCUGCUUCUUCUGAACUGUGGAUUCUUUGUCUUUCUGCUGCAUAUCUUAUACUCGAUAUUCCUUAGCAAGCUCGGUCUGAAGGAUUCAUUGACUCUUCCCUCAUGGAUGGCGAAAGCAAUCUGAUACCGGUUCAUAAGUUAAUUGAUGGACUGCAGAAGCCCACGGCGACAGCUCGGUUCGUGGCCCGGGUUUAGUCCGGUCUGGAUAAGCUUUUAACUCCACGUAGGCUUGCAAACUCAUGGCUAUCGAAUUAUUUUGAAGUUUAAUUUUCCAAAAAAUAAUUUAUUUAAAUUGAAAGGAUCAAAUUGAAAUAAUGAAAUCUUAAAGGUUCACAAUUAAAAGAGUGUGCUUU